AGAUAUUUACUUUAUAGCUAAGUAUUUGGUUGCGUCGUCAAACCUUUCCAGAAGCAGACAUGGACUUCGUCAAAAUUAUUUUGUUCAUCUCUCUCAUCUGUGGCUUGUAUGCGAAGCUAAAAAUACCGGCUGGAUCCUGCGUUUCCAAGAUCGUGAAUGGAAAACUUGUCCAAGUUGGAGAUUGCAAGAAAGACGAUGGAUCCGAAAUCGCAAAAUUGAUCCAGAAGAGUCUUGAUGAAAAGAAAAAAGCUGAAAUUAAAUGUGACGUCACAUAUAAGACAAAAUGCUUCCGAGCAGUUGUGUAUCGCACAGACCUCGUCACACUCAAUGACGCCGAAAAAACCUGCAAAUCAACGAACGGGAAACCCGCGAACAUUUACGACCUCGCGCAUUACCAGUCACUGCUCUCUUAUCUUCGCUCAAUGAUCCCUGCUGGUGAGGAAUUUAUUGACAUCUGGACUGGGAUGGAGUAUAAGAACGAUCAGCUUUUGCAGGCAAGUGGCGAACCAAGCACUAUAGCAACAGAAGUGUGGUUUCCAAAAUAUCCGAUAACCCAUGCAUCGUACACAAAUGUUGUUUUUCAGGUCAAUAAAGAUCCAGAGUCUUCUCGUCAGGGAAUUUACAAUUUUCCACCAUCCUUGAAAAGCCCCGGUGUCAUCUGUGAAAUAUAAAACUAGCUCAAACCCUUACAGAACUUCGUUGACGGACUGAAUGAUAUAAACGACAAAGAGUUCUCACUUUUAUUACUUACUUAUAUUAUUCCUUUAAUAUUAUUAACCGUAUAACCCAUGCCUUGAAUUGGUCGGCUUGUCUAUUGAAACAUUUUGCUCAGAAAAAAAAAUUCAUAGCUGUAAAAAAAAAAAAAUUCAUAGCUCACUAC